AUGGACUUAGAGAAACUGGGACUCUCUUUCUCUCAGUUAUUUGUGGUCCUGCUUUUGCAGGUUUUUCUCUUUGUGUAUGUGAUGGUGAAGAGUCCUUAUCAUAUAGAAAGAGAUUACAGUCCCACAUAUAGAAAAGAAGGGGACCUAGUCAUAGGGGGCUUCUUCUCCUUGUUUCUGAAGAUAGAAGAAAAAACGUACAAGGAAUCAUUCAGAUAUUUUCCUAUCUGGAAUGGUGCAGAACCAAAGUCAGUGAUCAAACAUUACCAACAUUUGCUUGCUCUCCAGUUUGCUGUCGAUGAGAUCAACAAGAACUCCCAUUUGCUGCCCAAUGUGACCUUGGGAUACCAGUUGCUCAAUAACUUCUAUCAGGACAAACUAGCUGUGGAGAGCUCUUUGAUGUGGCUGUCAGGGAGGGGUCUGACUAUCCCUAACUAUAGCUGUGGCAGGAAGCACAAUUCAGUGGCUGUCAUUGGAGGGAUGUCAUCUACACUGUCCAUGUCCAUGGCCACCAUUCUCCAACUUUAUAAAGUUCCACAGAUCACCUAUGGCCCAUUUGAUCUUCUCCUGACUGAUAAGGUCCAGUAUCCACAUGUCUAUCAGAUAGGCAGCAGGAAAUCCACCCUUCACCUUGCAUUCAUCCAACUGAUGCUCCAUUUUGGCUGGACUUGGGUGGGACUGGUUCUUUCAGAUAACAUGAGAGGGGAAAAUUUCUUCAAUGAUCUGAAAAAGGAGAUGGUCAUGAAUGGCCUGUGUUUGGCCUUUAAGGAAAGUGUACCCCCAAACUUUAGAAGAGAUGAAGAUUUUGAAUUAUUUUCUAGGAUCAUUGCAUCAUCAUCAAAUGUGAUUUUCAUCUAUGGAGAUACAGACUCCCUGCAAGAACUUUCUACUAUAUUGGUUCAUUUUGUACUUUAUGGGAAGGUGAUGGUCACCACCUCUUCUUGGGAUUUUUCUGAUAAUUCUAAUUUUGAAAUGUUUAGCCAUUUCCAUGGUACAACAAUAUUUUCUCAUACCAAAACAGAGAUUCCUGGUUUCACCGACUUUGUAAGAAGCUUGAAUUCCAGCAUGAACCCUAAGGACAUUUUCCUAAAGACCAUCUUGGAGAUAGUCUUUAAUUGUAGACAUUCAGAAGAAAAUCAUAUAGAAAUGUUAUAUUCCUUGUGCUCAGAAGCUAUUUCCUUGGCAAAUUUACCUUCUAUAAAUUUUGACACAAUCAUAAUGGAACUCAGUUUUAAUGUUUACAAUGCAGUGUAUUUAGUGGCCCAUUCUCUCCAUCAAAUGCUCCAGUCUGAGGCAAAAGAGACAUCAGAACUUGGAAGGAACCCAUAUAUUUCUUGGAAGCUCUCCCACUUCCUAAAGUGUAUGAGUCCUGUCAAUAGUGCCAGUGAUGAGUCAUUUGGGGAUGGAGCCAUGAUGGAUGCUGAGACAUGUGAUAUCCUGAAUUCUAAAUCCUUCCCUGAUCAGAGAGAGAUACUGGUGAAAGUAGGGGAAGUGACCCAUCAUGGUCAGAGAUUCAGAAUUAAUGAAGCAGGCAUAGAUUGGCCAGAAGAUUUCUCUAGGACUCCCACUUCCACAUGCAGUCUGAGCUGUGGCCCUGGAUUCAAGAAGACAGUCUGUGAAGGCCAGCCCAUCUGCUGCUUUGAGUGCACCCCAUGCCCUGAAGGGCAGAUUUCCAACCAAACAGAUGCAGAGCAAUGUCUGCAGUGCCCUGAAGAUCAGUACCCAAGCAGUGAGAGACAUCGAUGCCUCCCCAAGACUGUGACCUUCUUGGCCUAUGAAGAACCUCUUGGAAUGACCCUGGCCUGUGCAGCUCUCUGCUUCUCCCUUCUCACUGCUCUAGUCCUUGGAGUCUUUGUGAAGCACAGAGACACCCCCAUAGUCAAAGCCAAUAACCGCAGUCUCAGCUACACUCUUCUGGGCUCCCUCACCCUCUGCUUCCUCUGCUCCUUGCUCUUCAUUGGCCGUCCUAACACCUCCACUUGUCUCCUCAGACAAACCACAUUUGCAGUUGUGUUCACAGUGGCCAUUGCAUCCAUUUUAGCUAAAACCAUCACUGUGGUUCUGGCCUUCAAGGCCACAAAGCCAGGCAAGCUCAGGAGGUGGCUGGGCUCCACAGCAUCUUAUUCUCUCAUUUUGAUCUGUACUCUAAUCCAAACGUGUCUCUGUGGC